AUGCUGGAGCAAGAGCGAAAAGCGAAGUCGGAGAGUUUCAAGUUUGAAGAAAUUCCGUACCAGCGAAAGCGAGAAACGAUGAUGAAGAUUCCGCAAAAUACUUUUGGCGAUCGAAAAACGGCGAUUUACGAGACAUCUGGUGGAAGAAUCACGAUCGCUGGGGACGCUUUGUCGACGCAUGGGUCGAUGCAUCGAAGCACCAGAGCGUUCAAAAGCAGCAGGACGACGAGAAUGACGUUUAUUCAAGCGGCCUCGUCGACGACGGACUCGGUCUAUUCCAUGAGCCACAUUGGCUCGAUGAGUCGCGAAGAAAUCGCCAACGCCAUCGCCGGUGUCGGAAAAGCAGGACUCGUCAAUUUGCAAAGCGAUGUUCGUUUCAACAAAGUCCGGCUGCCCAAAAAGAGCGAUUUCACUCUCAAAGGACUCGACAAGGUUAAACGAUAUGCAUGGCUGGUUCUUUUGCAAAACGGCUUUGCGACUUUCUGCGCUGGAAUGGUCAUCGCUGCCAGUUUUUACAUCUCCCUUGCUGAGGGAAUCAUCAUCGCCUUCUCGUUCAUCUGGCAGGAAACGCUCCAUCGCUGCGGAGACUACAUCACUCUCAUCAAAAAUGGCGUGAACCCGCUUCAGUCGAUGUUUUUCAUCUUUCUUUCGUCGAUCAUGGUGAUUCCAGGCGCGAUUCUCGGAAUGUACAUUUCUCAUGAUCACCAAGAACAGUGGAUUUUUGCCUUGGGCUGUGGCUAUUUUAUGUACAACUCGUUUGGAAUCGUUUUGCCGGAAUUGGACGAAGCUGAGGCCAGAUCAGUUUGGCUUGAAGCAAAACCGAUGAAGCCCUUUAUUCUCCAGAACUCCGGCUUGGCAGCAGGCUUUAUCAUCUGUGCUGUUUUUGCUUAUGUCGAAUUUGAAAUCGACUGGAAAUGGUGA